ACGCCUCUUCCUAGUCUCUGCAGCACAAAAAAAAAAGAAAUCCACCCAAACCGAGUAGAAAUCGCCUUUUUAUUCUUUUUCUUCGUGCUGUUGCAAAAGCAAAAAGAAUAUUUUCCUGGAAAGGAAAGCGUUUCUCGAGUUUAUUUUCUGCACUCAUUUAUUGCUGCCUGCUUUUGAAGCGGAUUUCUGCUUCCCGAGCAACAAAAUGGGAAAUGAAGCAAGUUAUCCCCUGGAGAUGUGCUCGCACUUCGAUGCAGAUGAGAUCAAGAGGCUUGGAAAGAGAUAAAAACUCGACCUGGAUAACUCGGGAUCCCUGAGCGUCGAGGAGUUCAUGUCCCUGCCCGAGCUGCAGCAGAAUCCGCUGGUGCAGAGGGUCAUCGAAAUAUUCGACACGGACGGCAAUGGGGAAGUGGAUUUCAAAGAAUUUAUAGAGGGCGUCUCACAGUUCAGUGUUAAAGGAGAUAAGGAACAGAAGCUCAGAUUCGCUUUCAGGAUCUACGACAUGGACAAGGACGGCUAUAUUUCCAACGGCGAGCUCUUCCAAGUGUUGAAGAUGAUGGUGGGAAGCAACCUGAAGGACACCCAGCUGCAGCAGAUUGUAGAUAAGACCAUCAUCAACGCAGACAAGGAUGGCGACGGGAGAAUAUCUUUCGAAGAGUUUUGCGCCGUUGUCGGUGGUCUUGACAUCCACAAAAAGAUGGUCGUUGACGUGUGAGCCUUCGCGCAUCCUAAUCUCCCAUCACCUCCAAUAUUUGCUUUCCUGUUCCAUCUCCGAUGAUCUGCUCGAGACAUCUCGUAAAAAAAAAUGCUCUUUCAACAGAAUACUCUGUGAAGCUACUUUAUUGCUAUCAUGAACCCGGUGAAGCAAACGUGUAUGUUUUUUUUUCUUUUCAUUUGAAUGCUGAUCCUCACAACAACCUGGUGUAGCUCUUUACUGACUGAAGAACUUCGUAGAGCAUCUCGAUCUGGACAAAGGAAGAAUGGUUCAUUUUUGUUCCCCCUCCAUUCAUUAAAUCUUUUUUUUUCUUUUCACACCCUUA